AUGCGACCCCGACGAGUCCACCACCGUCGCCGACAUGACGGUCGACGCCUCCGCUCCGCCUCCGCCUCCGCCUCCGCCUCCGCCUCCGAGGCCCACGACUCGUUCCCCGAUGAUGGGGAUGACCAUCAGACCAGCGCCGAUUACUACUUCGAUUCUUACUCCCAUUUCGGCAUUCAUGAAGAAAUGUUUAAGGAUAUAGUAAGAACGAAGACAUAUCAAAUGUCAUUACCAAACAAGUUUCUAUUUAAAACAAAGAUAGUUCUUGAUGUGGGAGCUGGGACUGGAAUACUGUCCUUAUUUUGUGCCAAAGCCGCGCAAUAUGUUUACGCGAUUGAGGCUCCCAAAUGGCUGACACGGAUAAAGGAGAUUGUGGAAUCGAAUGGUUAUUUGCAGUUGAGAACGGUUUUGAAGGGGGAAAGUCAAGAAAUUGAUCUUCCUGUCGCAAAAGUUGACAUAAUCAUUUCCGAAUGGAUGGGAUAUUUCUCGUUGUUUGAGAACAUGUUGAAUACUGUCCUGUGUGCUCGUGACAAAUGGCUUGUAAGCUUCAAUGGUGGAGUCGUUCUAGCCUGAUAAGGCUUCACUCUACUCUUAACAGCCAUAGAGGAUGCUGAGUACAAAGACGACAAGAUUGAAUUUUGGAACAAGUAUGGGUUUGACAUGAGUUGCAUCAAGAAGCAAGCCAUGAUGGAACCUUUAGCUGACACAGUUGACCAGAAUCAACUUGUUACACAAUGCCAGCUACGAAAGACAAUGGAUAUUUCAAAGAUGGGUCCUGGAUGCUUCUUUACAGCUCCAUUUAAGCUGGUGGCAGAACGCGACGAUUACAUCCAUGCUCUGGUGGCAUACUCUUGAUGUGUCAUUUACCAAUGUCAUAAGUUGACAGGCUUUCUACCGGGGGCUCGAUCGCUGGCUACGCAUUGGAAGCAAACAGUCUUGUACUUGGAAGAUGUGCUGACUAUAUGUGAAGGUGAGGCAUUGGUCGGGAGCAUGACCGUGGCACCAAAAACAAGAAAGAAUCCUCGUGAUGUUGAUAUAAAGGUCAAAUACUUGCUGAAUGGUAGACGCUGCUGCUCCAGAAUCCAAUACUAUAAGAUGCGAUGA